CAAACCUCGUCUCCUCUCCCUCUCUUGUCUCUCCACAAGGAGGAAAUAAAAAAACAAUCCUUUUCCUUCUCCCAACAAUCUAACCUUCCUCUAACCUCUCUUCUCUUCUUACAAUCGAGUUAAUCUUCAAGUAAUCAUGUUUAUAUAUAAUCUCUUCCUCCCUUUCGAUUUCUCAAAUCCAAUUAACCUCUCCACGCUCAAAUCUCCUUAUCAAUCUUUCUUCCUAUGGAUUCUCACGGGAAAACACAUCAGAGAGAGCAUGAAGAUGACGUCAUCUCUCCGAAACCCGUUGCCUUGUCGAAGUACUCGAACCGGGUCGAGUUAAAGACUCUCCUCGAACGCAGCGACGGCGGCGCAAGAUUAGCCGGUAAAAGGGUCGUGAUCGGCGGGUGGGUUAAGUCUUCUAGAGCCGUUAAGAAAGACUCUCCAGCUCCACCUCCGCCGCCGCAGCCGUCGUCACUAGCCGUCCCUCCGCCACCGUCGACGACGAAGUCCAACAUUAGCUGCACGGAGAUCAUACAGUCAAAGAUGAAUAUUUUCAGAAAGCUUUUCGAUGUGUUGAGCGGCGGCGGAAAGACGACUUACCCGAUCUUCGAUAAACCGGAGGUAACCGGUCAGAAAGCCACGUCACCACCGGAGUAUAUAAUAUACUUCUUGAUCAGUGAUGGUUCCUCUGUCUCCAGUCUCCAGGUUGUUGUUGAUUCUGCAAUGUCGACUAUUCCAGCAACUCAGCUUAUGUCUCUAGGGACAUGUAUCGUAGCAGAAGGUGUGCUAAGACAUCCCCUGGCUGCCUCUGCAAAACACGUGAUCGAGCUUGAGGCAGAGAAGCUUCUUCAUGUAGGAACAGUUGAUCCAGAGAAGUAUCCACUCUCCAAGAAACAGCUUCCUCUGCAUUUGCUUAGAGACUUCUCUCACUUCAGGCCCCGCACAACUACGGUUGGGUCGGUGACUCGAGUCCAUAGUGCGUUAACCUUAGCGAGCCACACGUUCUUUCAAUCUAACGGGUUUCAGUAUGUUCAAGUACCAGUUAUCACAACAACUGGAGUCGGCGAGAUGUUUAGAGUCACUACUACUCUUGACAGAGAGGAGAAGAAGCAUGAUGGAUUGAGCAUUGAGACAGUAAAGGCUGCGAUAAAGGAGAAGAGUAGACUCAUUGAUCACCUUAAGAGAUCUGACAGCAACCGAGAAGCUGUGGCUGCUGCUGUGCACGACUUGAAGAAAACGACCGAUCUUGCAGCUCAGCUUGAGAAGAAACAAAAACCAAAGGCAGCAACUCAGAAGCUUGAUUUCUUUGGUUGUGACGCUUAUCUGAUUGUGUCUGGGAGGUUCCAUCUUGAGAGCUACGCUUCUGCGCUUGGAAAGGUUUAUACCUAUGGACCGAGAUUCACAGCUGAUAAAAUCGAUAACGCGAGGCACUUGGCAGAGACGUGGAAUGUGGAAGCUGAGAUGGCUUUCUCUGAGUUGGAUGAUGCUAUGGACUGUGCUGAUGACUUCUUCAAGUUCCUCUGCAGAUAUCUUCUUGAAAAUCGUCAUGAAGAUAUGAAGUUCAUAUCGAAACGAGUUGACAAGACCGUUACCACACGUCUUGAAGCAACAGCUUCCAAUUCUCUUCUGAGGUUCUCUUAUACUGAAGCGAUUAGUCUUCUUCAAACGGCAACCACUAGAACAUUCGAAACCAAGCCUAAGUGGGGCGUUGCUUUAACAGAGGAGCAUCUCAGUUAUCUAACUGAUGAGAUCUGCAAGGGCUCUGUAAUGAUCAUACAUAGCUACCCGAAAGAGGUUAAACCGUUUUACGUAAGGUUGAAUGACGAUAAGAAGACUGUGGCAGCGUUUGAUCUGGUCGUACCAAAGGUUGGCGUUGUGAUCAAUGGGAGCCAAAACGAAGAACGGUUUGAGAUUUUGGAUGCGAGUAUCAAGGAACUUGGAUCAACAUCAAGGGAGAAGUACGAGUGGUACUUAGAUUUAAGGAGGCAUGGGACAGUGAAGCAUUCAGGGAUAAGCCUAAGGAUGGAACAUAUGCUUUUGUUUGCUACUGGGCUUCCUGAUAUCAAAGACGCAGUUCCUUUCCCAAGAAGUUGGGGCAAAGCAAACAAUUGAAAGCAGACUCAAAGUUGUGUGCACAAGCUCAGUCUUAUUGUUAUUCAAUUUAUCUAUGUAACCAUACUUGGUGAAAAAGGGAAUUGUAUCCCAAAGUGUUCAUAAUGAUUAUUUGGGAUUGUAUAUUUUGGAUUGUAAAUAUGCAAUAAGAUAUCGAAACCUACAUGAAAAUAAUGUCUAAGGUUGGAACCA